AUGCCUGUCCCAUGGGAGACUCUCAUUCCCUUCGGGCUCGUAACGGUCAUGUUCGGUGCCACGGGCACGCUUUUGAACACUUCUAAGCGACUGCAGAACCAGGGCAAGCCCGUCCGCCACGGCAUCGAUCCAUGGGACGAGAUGAUGAUGGAGCGGGACAGGCGGUUGACUGGGCACAACCGAGGACAGUCGACCGAACCUUUCGCGCCGAAAGAAUUCGCGACCAACAGUGCCUGGUACACCGAGCGGGUGGCUUAA